AAUGUUGGAGUCUCCUGUCUGAUGCAUGCUCCACACUGGAAGACUGCAGUGAUGCACACCAUGCAGUUGGAUGCUGGCAGUGUAAAACUCCCAAAACAAGAGGAAUGGGCCUGUUUGCGUUUCGUCAGCAUCUAGUCCAUUGUAUGUUAUGUCUGUUCUGAGACUGCAGACCCAUUCUGUGGACAACAGAGCCCAACCUUCCUGGACGAGGGAAGAGGAAGUAACUGCCACAGGACGUUGCGUCAAAUCUACAACAACCCCCAGACAGUUGAACAUGAAAACUUGCUAGCCUCUGUGGCUUCUCCGUAAAAAACAGAGUCUGUCUCAAUUAUUUCACCAGUGCACGGCAACUUGGACUGCAGUCGGGUUUACAAGGCUCACUGAAGUUUCUCCCCUCAUCCACUCAUCAUGGUGGAGUACUACCAGAUAUUAGGUGUGCGACGAGAUGCGUCUGCCGAAGACAUAAAGAAAGCGUACAGAAAACUAGCACUGAAGUGGCACCCAGACAAAAACCCAGACAACAAGGAGGAGGCUGAGAAGAAAUUUAAAGAGCUGUCAGAGGCUUAUGAAGUUCUGUCAGAUGCCAACAAAAGGAGCAUAUAUGACCGCUAUGGCAAAGAGGGACUGACAGGGGGAAAUGGAGGAAGAGGAGGCCAUUUCCACAACGGAGACCAUUUCCAUGAAACAUUCACAUUCCGCAACCCAGAAGACGUAUUCAGGGAGUUCUUUGGUGGCAGAGAUCCAUUUGCAGAUUUUUUUGGUGGAGAUCCAUUUGGUGAUGAUCCAUUUUUUGGUGGUAGCCGGCGGCACCAAAGCCGUGUAAGUCGCAGCCGGACAAGUGAUCCAUUCUAUGGUGGGGCGUUUGGCGGUUUCCCUCCCUUUGGAGCUGGCUUCCCACUUUUUGACUCAAGAUUCGGUUCCUUUAGUGCCAUGAGCUCCCUGGGUCCUAUGGGCCAUAUGACAACCAUGGGCAGCCUAGGAGGCGGAGGCUUCACCUCCUUCUCCUCCACCUCAUUUGGGGGAAGCAGCGGAGGAAGUAUGGGCAACUUCCGCUCAGUGUCCACAUCCACCAAGAUCGUCAAUGGCAGGAAGAUCACAACAAAAAGAAUCGUGGAGAACGGGCAGGAGCGCGUUGAAGUGGAGGAAGACGGACAGUUGCGAUCAUUAACCAUCAAUGGUGAACCCAGUGACCUUGGUACCACUGUCGCAGAGACAAGAAACAGGCACCCUCCUCACACCUCCUCCCUCACCCUGUCACAACACAGUAAACCUUCGUCUUCCUCCAAAAGACCCAAUCAGCACAGAGAUGAGGCACGUAGCUCACAUCCAAAUGACACUGACUUGAAGAGGAAGAGACCUUUAAUCCCAGAGGAUGAGUCCAGGAAGAGAAAAAUGUGAAACACCGUUCACAGCAAACAUUUCAGCAACGGCAACUUGGAAGCAGAGAGAUGCAUGAACACGUGACUUUCACACUCACCGCUAUAUCUUGGAAGUGUGGUGAGGACACGUGAAGGACACUUUGAUAGAGCAGCACUAGUCAAAGGGGCUCUAUGUCCAUUUGAACAGAACAUUUGAACAUUUGUGAUAGCUUGAAUAGUGAGACGUAUGUAGAGGAUGCAGAGGAUGUCAUGUUUUUGCCCCAGUCUGUGUGUCAGCAGGUUCUCUCCAAAACUUUCCAUGGAAUACAUUGGGACUGACAGGCCUUUGGCUAAGGAGCAAUACAUCAAAAUGAGAUGAUUUAGCUCUUAGAGCUCUGCUGAUAGAGAGGGAUUUCAUGUUUUUUAAUUGUAGCUAUGAAACUGAUGGAGACUAGAUUUCAAAACUCUUAUGGCCAUGUUUAUUUGUUGUAACAUACCGACCCCAAGUCUCCAUCACGCAGACACUCACAUGAGGAGCACAUCACAACUGCAGGUCAACUGAUAAGUUGUCUGUUUAUUAGCCAUUAAAAACAGAAUAUUUGGAGUGGGGGAUUUCCUAAAGUCUGAUACCUAAACCCAUUAGUGACGGGCAGUGGUGGACAGUAACAAAGUACCUUUACUUGACUACUGCAUUUAAACACCUCAUGAAAUGGACUCUAGCUGUCUUGAUUAUAUGUGUUUCCUGUUGAAACAGGACAUCUGUGCGGGACAUGGGGCAGGGAAGGAUCAUUCACCAGUGCAAACCAACAGGCCAGACCAAACCCUAACCCAACAGGGUAUCAGUUUAGGAGAGAAACAGGAUGUUUAAAGAUUUGUGAAGAUUUUAUUGCUUGAAUUUCUUAUUUACACCCACUAGUGCAGGAUGAUGUCACCAUAUAAGAUGCUCUGUUUUACAGGAAGUGGAAGUCAGGUGAGGUCAUUUCACCAGGACCUUAAGAAGAUUUUUCGAGCAUAUGUACUAGAGUAUUUUUUUUCCCCUUGGAAACGUAUGACUUUUACUCCACUACUUUUCAAAGACAAAUAUUGUAGUUUUGAUUCCACUACAUUUCUGUGAAGGUUGGUCCUCCUCUUCACUUUUAAGCACAGCUUUGAAGUCAGCUGUUGAAUUUUUCUUCUUUUCGAAAGCCAGAUGCUGUGUUCCUCACAGGAGAAAAACAGUCACAGUAGCUGCUUUCAGCUUUGAUGCAAAAGCAGAAAUAUGUCCUCCAGCUCUGUGACAACAAAUGCACCAUAUUCGCCUUUUAUUUAUUCAUUUUUUUUAACAAAAAUAUAUUCAACAAAAAAUCUAUAUAUUAUGUCAGGCACAAGGAAGUACACAUCACAAUACAGGAGA